GUGAAGUGAUGACAACUGAAAUGACUUUUCUACUGGUUUUCAACCAUAUCGCAAUUUUACACAUUCGUGAUAUAAAUUAGCCUUGUUUAAUAGUAGUAUGGGACAAUAGAGGAAAUGUUUUUCCCUCGCACAUUCCACAGACUAGUAGACAUGAUGUAGGUUCAUCUGUUAGGCUGUAAAGACACACCAGCAGUCAUAUCACCGACCUUCUACGUUGGGAAAAUAUGUAUGUGGAAAUUUCUAAGUACGCUUGCGGAAGCGCCAAAAAAAAGCAUCCGUUCUGCGUUUCAGGGGAUAGCCAAAUAACGUGGAAGUGUAUAACAGACUCUCAUGAGUAACUGAUCAUUAUCUGGCAUUCCUUGAGAGUGAAACCAUACGUUUAAUUCUCGCCUUUCAGUUGUAAACUUUUACUUUGCAACGGGGCCGCGACCUGUCAGGGCUACGAUACAAAGGGACGGACACAAUGUCUUCAAUAGUUCUUCUGAGUCAGAUCGUCCUCGCAAUCUUCUGCCAGGCACUUUGUUAUGAGCCCACAAUGGUGGAUUUUAAGUGUUUUAAUGACUACGAGACAGAAAUGCAAUGCAGUUUCUCCACUGACCGUCUCAAAAACUGCUCUGAAUACAUGCUCAACAUCACAGAAACUACUGAAAAGUAUACAUGCAUCUUUGAGAGAAGUAAUCACAGUGACAGCUGUGAGUGCAAAAUUAAAGUGCAAGUGUUUGUUACAGCAGAGCGCUUCAGUAUUACACUUCUGGAAGGAACAAAUGUUUUAAGCAAAGCAUCAAUGACGACUGAAGAGUUCAUCAAACCGAAAACUCCAGUCGUAAAAGUGCUGAAGAAUGACAGUGGAAACUUUAUUGUAACUUGGAAUGACCAGUAUGAAAAAAAUGGUUUGCUGGGCCAAUUUUUACAAAAUUUGAGAAUAAAUCUGACCUACGAAGGAGGACAUGAAAAUAUAACCAGGGUGCUACAGAACACAGUGGGAUCCUUUGAGAUUGUUGGCAAAAAUCUCAAACCAAAUACCAAAUACAUUCUGACAGCAACAAUGAGCACAGACUAUAAUGCUCAUACGAUAUCUAGUGACCAGAGCGCGCCAGUUGAGUUCACCACAUCCUCAUCCCCAAACGAAAUAGCCAAAAUACUGAUUCCACCUCUCUGUGUUGGUUUAAUCAUCAUCAUUUUGAUUAUCUUUAUCAGUGUUUUGAGUAUGAAGAGGAAUUGGUGGGACAAAAUCUCCAAGCCUAAAAUAGAUGCAAAUCUUGGAGAGGAGAAGGAUCAUAUUUUGCCUCUAUCUGUUAUGGAGUUUUCUCCGAUCCAUGUAGAGAUUUCCACACUGGACCUUCAGGAGGAAAAUAAAUUGAUCUCAGCUGUUUCAGUAGAUACAAACAAUGGGAGAAGUUCCCACAGCAUUGAGACGACACCAGUAAAAUAUGGCCAGGCUUGCUCUGGAAGCCAAGAAGAAAACAUCUGCACCAUCAACAUCCCGUCAUGUGUUGAGCAUGCCUUGGAUGAGGUGUUUAAAUUGCAUCCAAUCACAAAAAAUCUGUUACCCCCCAACAAUCAGGUUACAACGAUCAGGUCAUAUAGUAGUGUUAACAUUGUCCAUUCCUCAAGAGAGUGCAACAGUGCAAACCAAGAUUCGGGCAGUAGUUCCGGACCAAUGGUUUUCAGCAAUAUGUCAUAUGUGGAAUCAGCCACUGAUGAUUCCUUAUAUGUGGAGCACCUGAGCGAGGAUCAUUACCAUCAAUCCAGCAAGAGGGAAGUUUCAGACUCAAGCAAUGGCCAGUUUAACUCUCCCACUAUUGAUACUCUGGAAGACGAAUAUCAGGGCUUCAACAGUGUUUUGAACAAGAGAAAUGAUUCAGAUGUUCGUGUGAACCUUUCAAAUGAUGCUGGUGAGAAGUGCAUCAUGAAAAAUCUCAUCACCAGCACAAAUCCUUCUCUGAUUCUGCAUGACGGCAGCAUCACACUAAGUGAUGAAGGAUAUCAGGCAUUUCAAGGUUUAACGAAGAGCACAGAAGGACAGUGGUGCACAAGCGUCCGCACUGAACAAGCACUUGAUGCAUGUGGAGCUUUGAAAUUCCCCCACAGCAACGGCCAAGAUCGCACAUCUGUGCAGCCAAGUUCUUGGACCUCUUCUUUGCAUUUUUCGCCCAUUAUUCAAAUAGAAAGUUCAUAUCAGCCUUUUUAACUAUGCUCUAAAACAGGGAUAGGCAACGUCGCUCCUGAAGCGCAGAUGACCUGCAGAGUUUAGUUCCAACUCUAAUCAAAUGCACUAAUUUUAUGGGAGGUGAUGAAUUUUAUCUUUAGCUUGCAUUCUUUCAUGUUUUUAUCAUGUAGACAACAGGUUAAGCAAAAAUAUUAAUAUGCAAUAGUGCAUUAAUAUAGCAAAAUACUCCUCUUUAUUCACUGUAAAAAACAAUUUGUUGAGUCAACUUAAAAUAAUUUGUAACCUGGCUCCCUUAAAAUUUUAAGUUAAGUCAACUCAAAAAAAGUUUAUUCAACUUGAAAUGUUAAAUUAUACUGUUAAGUGACAACUUAGAUAUUUGAGUUGAAUCAACUUAACAUUUUAAGGCAGCUGGGUUACUUACCCAUCUGUUAAGUUUAGUAAACACAAAUAUCUAAAUUGUUACUUAGUACAACUUAACAUUUCAAGUUGACUAAACUUAUUUUAGUUAACUGAACUUAAAAUUUUAAGGCAGCAGGGUAACAAAUUAUUUUAAGCGGACCCAACAAAUUGUGUUUUUUAUUUUUUACAGUGUAGUUAUUUUUUCUAACUGACUGGUGACACCGAAUGGUUAUUCUGAGGUAAAUCUAUUGCUACGUGACAAUGGUUACACAAUAGUGUGCACCUUUACACAUUUUCCCUGGUGAAAAAACAGCAUAUGCUGGUAGGUAUGUUUUGAUGCUGGUUUAAGCUGGUCCUUUGCUGGUUUAUGCUGGUCAUGUUGCUGGUCAAGGACCAGCAUAAACCAGCAAAGGACCAGCUUGAACCAGCAUCAAAACAUACCUACCAGCAUGUGCUGGUUUUUUCACCAGGGUUGACACAGAACGAGCGAUUACAUGAGACAUUUCAGUAGGUUGUACAGUAGGCUCUCAUAAUAUAGCCUAACUUUUUUUGUUAAUUCAUGUCCAUUUCGUGCUACAGUAGUAAAAACAAAGAUAUAAUGGGUUCGCCAGAACGAUCGCACCUGUGGCGUUAAAGAGCGCCAAAACCACAUAUAUUGUUUGAUUUCGUUAUGAAUUUGCCAUAAUACUUUUAGCUGGUGCUUUAUUUAUUAAAAAGUAACAAAGCACAAAGCUUAUUGCUAUUACUACGACAAGUGCGCUACAAAUAGGCUAAUAUAAAGUUCACGCAUUAACGGGACACAGCAUAUAGACUAAGAUCUUGAAAAGAAGAAGUCAUAGUAUCGAUUAAAAACGAGAAUUGUUAACGAUAUUGCCAAUAUCCACACAGAUGUGUAGCUGGCGCUGAUAUUUUAGUUACGGGUUAUGAAUGAUGUAUUUGCGGGUCAGUUGUUGAUGUUUAUAUUGUGUAUUUUUUCAUAAUUUCACAAUUUAAAUGUGCAUUUCUGUGUAUGUGUGUUGAUUUUCUAAUUUUGUCGGUAUGGUAUUAUGUUUUUGUUGUAUUCCUAAGUAUGACUAAGUUGAAUGUCACGUGACCCUUCUUGACUAUAAUUUAACCUGGACGUGUUCGCACAUACUCAAUGACGGGACUUGAAUUCAGACAUGUAUGUUACAGCUCCUCACCAUAAUACUGUGGGUUACAAGGCCAACACGGUAAAUGUGUUAAUGUUUUGUAUAUUUCUUUAUUUGUGUUGAUGUCCUUCGAAUUGUUGUGUGUAAAAUAAUGUUUUCUUUGUUUUGUUUGUAUGUAGUUUUCAGUGUUCCAUAUCCAAAAAAAUAAAACGUAUGAAC